AUGACACCUCCAAGUGAGAAACCUCAACUACGAAUUCACCAACUUCACUUCAUCUCCUAUGACAUCCAGAUCCUUAAUUCACUUCCAAUCCGUAACUCAGAGGCUGAUUCUCCAGAGCAACCACCCUUUGCAGAUGCCCUGCCAACUCCUACAAAACGGCCUAAGGUGUCUUCCGAACAAUCCCCAAUCAAUAGUGCAUCUAGCUCUUGCAAGCGGAAAAUCGAUGAUGAUUUGGAUGCUUGCUCGCCUAUUCCAAGGCUUCGACCUCGAAGGAAUGCUUCAGUUAACUAUAAUGAACGUUUGGAUGAAAGCGUUCACGACAUUCCAAAACCUCGAUCAUCCAGAGGCCGACGUCAUGAUGAGGGAGAUGAAACUCAGGAGGAGGAUGCCGUGACCCCUGAUGGUCGUCGCUAUCCACUGCGCAACCGACGUCAAAUUCUCAUCUUUGUUGGGACAACUUGA